AUGAGGAGCAAAGAAAACAAGAUGAGCAAGUUAAUGCAAAUUACAAGAUCACCCAUUAGAAUUUUAUGCAAGGCAAGAGAUUUUUAUGUGAAAGGUAUGUUAGAUUUUGCUGAUAGUGGUAAGGUUGGCUAUGUAAGUGCAGGCGGUGGAGCUGGAGCUCCUCACUUCCCUAAGAAUUUUACUGUUAAUUCUUCAAAGACAAUGAACGAUGAAGAGUUAAAACAUCUUCAACAGUUGGUUUCUCGCGAGCAAGGUGAUCUUUGUGGGAUGAAAAGGAGUUACAGUGUUGCGGUAGGAAAACUUGGGAGAAUCGAUGAAGAUAGACCUUGUUCUUUUAGAGAAGAUGAUAAUGGUAGAGUGGCUAAUUUGUAUCCCAGAAGUAAGUCUUGCUGUUAG